AUGUGCUCAACCCGAUAUUGUGGGGGUGAGAGCCCACGUAAGAACCAUAUUUGGAGUAGAUCGACGAAUGAAUCUGCUACCAACACAAUGGAGACAGAUACCCAGACCUUGAACUUCCCCUCAUUGAAAGGAUUCCGUAGCGGCCUUGUUAAUUUACUACUACAGGCACUACUAUUGCUGCUGCUGCUGCUGCUGCGUCUAUUCGUUGUGAGGCGCAUGCAUGUGCAUUUCCCCGGCAGCAGCGGAACAAGCCACGGCACAUCGGAUGUCGGCCGCGACCAUAUGAUACUUGCUUUUGCAUAUAAGCAGGCUUUCGGCCAUUUCCCGCGUUCCUAA